UCCUCCAAGGGCUUCUCGUACUCUCUCUCAGCACACACACUUCCUGUGCAUCCAGACAAGGAGCUUUCACCCGUUCCAGACACACUGUCUGCUGCCCAGCGUAGUGCUACGAAUUUUGUCUGGAAGAGACAGGCAAAGAGGAGGGAUAUUACCCAGGAUCUCUCCAUGAUUUGCAACAGCAUGUGCCUGCCGAACAAGACUUCAGCCCAAGGUUGAUCCGAGCACAACCGCUGCAGCACGAAACUAGGGAGAGAUGGAUCAUAUAGAGGGGAGGACAUGGAACUGAGUCUGACAUCUAGAGGCUUGUGAAAGGAUGCUCGGUGCUCCACAACAGGACAUUUAAGAGUUUAGUUGACUGUUCUGGAGCUCCGGUGCUGUAGUAAAUGGAUUUGGUGUGCUGUAGGAGUAGGCUGUGAUUGAGAGAUAUGAAAUUUCUUCAGAAGUGCGCAUAGCAUGUGCAAUGAUUUUUGCUUGGCACAAUUGUCUCUGAGGACAUCAACUCUUCUCUAGACCCUCUUAUACCACAGAGUUAACUUUCAAAACUAGUAAGCUUUUGCGUGCUUCCUGUUAAGCACCUCUGGAUCAAAGACCAGUUUUGCUUUGCCGCAUCUAGAGUGCAAAACUGCUGAAAUAUCGCCAUCCAUGGUUUCUGCUCAUUUCAAGAAGCUAUCGUCUUACAUUGUAAAGAUUUGCAAAGGAAUGUUUACAAAGAAACUGGCAAAUACCUCAAAGAAGAAAGAAAGCAGCGACAACAAAAAAGAGCCGAAAACCUUCCCAGAACUGCAUGCACGGAACCCAACGUUCUCAACUACAUUGAAAAGCACAGUCAAAAAAAUAUCCAAAUGCUCAUCAACACGCAAUAUAUCUCUUGAAGAGGAGGAUGGAAAAAACGACUGUUCCUCUCUCUCUCCGACAUUUAGUUAUCGUGUAGCAAUUGCCAAUGGACUACUCAAAAAUGACCUCUUACUAAACAAUAAUGAAUUUCAUGAGGUCUUGUCAGUUGACAGCGAUUACUCAGACUGUCUAAACGAGACCAAACUUGUCCAUAGAUUCGAUGAACAAAAAGCUUAUACAAUGCCAGUAAGAAGGAAUAGGAAGAGCUUGAUUAGUCUAGCACCCUCAGACGGCAGCUCAGAGGGAGAGCGGGGAGAGCGCAGCAGUCUCCACACCCUUCGAUUAGGUGCUCUGAAAAAGUUGAGGAAAUGGAAGAAGAGCCAAGAAUGUGUGUCCUCAGAUUCAGAGGCAAGCAACUGGAGAAAGACUCUUGGCAUCAGGAGCAAAUCUCUGGACAGGGCUGGACGGCAACAGAAAACCACUACCCUGGAGCCAGGGUCCAGCUCAACAGGGUGUAUCAGUCAGACUCAGGAUGUGAUGGAGAUGAUCUUCAAAGAACUUCAGGGAAUCAGUCAGAUUGAGUCUGAGCUCUCAGAACUGCGAGGGCAUGUUAACGCCCUCAAAAGCUCCAUCGACGAGAUCUCCAGCAGUGUAGAGGUGGUACAGAGUGAAAUCGAGCAGCUGCGUUCGGGAUUCGUACAGUCCAGACGUGAGACUCGAGACAUCCACGAUUACAUCAGACAGAUUAGCCAACAUACCAACAAAGCUACUCUAAGAUUUCUAAAUGUGCCUGAGGAGAAGUUUGAAAAAACCGAAGAGCUUAUUUAUCAGAUUCUGAAAGAGAAAAUGGGUUUCACUGAUGCACGCAAGACAUUUAAAAUUGAACUUGCCCAUCGACUAGGGCAACAAAGAGAAUGUUACAAUGCUAAACCUCGACCAAUUGUAGUUAUAUUUUCAAGCCCACAAGAUAGAAAUUUAGUUUUGAAAAAAUGUUAUAAGCUAAAAGGGACUGGCAUAUCAAUAUCAACUGAUAGUCUAGCACAUGAUUCAAAAGAAAGGAAGGACAAGGCAAUGGCCUCCUCGCAGACAUAUGAAAGCAUGGAUAUCAAGGUUUCAGCCAAAGAUAAGGCUGAAAGUGAUGAAUGGGACUCCAUGGAAAGUGACAAAGAGCUAGAUGAAUUAAAUAAGAACAAAUAUGCAAUUGUGUCCAAACCACCUCAAAAAAGUAAAUCGGACAAGAAAAAGUCUCACAAUCACCGACGGUUGGCUGAUGACACUGCAUAUUCUGUGCACUAUGCAGAUAAUAUAGCCUACGAUGACCCUGACAAGCAAAGCAAGUCUUACUACUCUGACCUAACACCUGGGUGGCAGUCUCAGAGUGAUUAUUCUACUCCCAAACUCAGUCGGUCUGAAUCGGACUGUUCUAAACUUUGCCAGUCUUAUUCAGAGGACUUCUCAGAGAGUCAGUACUUCAACAGAGUCAACGGCUGCUCCCUGCUCUCCUCCUCGGAUCAGGAGCUUUGGCAAAGGAAGCAAGAAGACAUGGCAUCCUCCUGGUAUGCUAGUCCUCCCAGUCAAACUCUGAGCCAAGAACGACCUUAUGUGGAACAUAAUGAAGUUGACACCACAGAGACUAUUGACAGUGGUGUAAGUAAUGGUAUUGUUUGCAUAUCAGGGGACAGGAGCCAUUACAGUGGCUCUCAGCUGUCUCUACAGGGUGACCUCUCACCAUGGAAAGAUUGGCAUCACCUCGAACAAGGUGCUGAUUCAGGUUUGGAUGCUUCAAUUGAACAGAACAUAAUCUCAGAGAUCACUAGCCCCUUCGACCCUGCAGCUAACCCAGGUUUCCCUGAGAAAAUUACAAAAUGCCUUGAGGUUGAUUUACAGUUUGAAGGUGAGACCUUCUUGACACUAGAUAGCACUCCUGAGACAGGCCAAGACCAAGAUAUAGAUACAGAACCUGAACUUGUUCUAGAACCCGAUCCAGAGCCAGAGCUAGAGCCAGAACAAGUACCCAGGCCAGGACCUGAACCAGAGCCAGAGGUUGUAAUUGAACCCAUAUCAAAACCAGUACCAACACCUGUGGCCGAACCACAACCAGAAAAGAAGCCGAAAACCAAGAAAGCCCGUACUAAGCCUGAAUCAGCUCCUCAAACUCUGCAACGACAAGAUGUCAAUGUGAACCACCUCCAACAGAACCAGAAAUCUUCAUCCAUGUACCGCAGUCAGAGUGAGAUCGGUAAUGAGAAAGUGGAGGAAGUCCCUAAAUCCUGGAGUAGUAGGCUCAGCAUAGACCUCAGCGAGAAAACCUUCAGCUUUGGAUUCGGAUCCACCCUGCAAAGAGCCAAGUCAGCUUUGGAUUUUGUCUGGAAUAAAGGUUCCCAGAGCACUAGUGCUCCAGUCGAAGAAACAAGCAACACCUCAUUCAUGGGCAGGCUCAGAACCUCGUCCCAGUCCACUGAAAAUAGUUCCAGCACAACCAUUGACUCUGAUGUUUACACAGAACCUUUCUAUUACAAGGCAGAGGAGGAAGAACAAGCCAGUGAACAACCUGUGGACAAUGAGACACAUUAUGUUGAGGUAAUGGAACAAGUGCUGGCGAAUCUCGAGAACCGAACGAAUACCAACGAGGCUGAGGAACAGUACCAAGAAGAGGAAUAUGAUGUCUCGCAAGAAUACGACAUCUCACAAGAGGGUAAUCCUGUCCUAGAAUACGACUGCAGCCUUGAUGAGCAAGAUGAUGAGGAAUACAGUGAGGCGUAUGACGACAAUCCCAUGACUGAAGACACGGCGGAGUAUGAAGGGAGUUUGGUGGAGUAUGUUGAAGUAACUGAGGAACAGGAAGAAGAAUCUGAGGAACAGGAAGAGGAAAUAGAGCAGACAAAGGAAGGUCAAGAUACAACGGGAACAAAGGUAGCAGCUGAGGUAAAAAAGACAGUAGAACAAGAGGAUGAGAAUAAAAAUGUUACAGAGGUUCCUGUGGAGCCAGCACCACCCAAAAAAAGGAUACGGCCCACCUUCAAAGAGGCAGCUCUGAGAGCUUACAGGAAGCAGAUGGCAGAGCUAGAACAGCAAAUCCUGGCGGGAGACAGCACAGCUCUGGAUACAGAGGGUUGUGCAAAUAUUCUGGAUCAAGCCAAACUGGGGCUGAACGGUGGUGGAGUUGGCAGUAUACUUUAUGGCAUUGACAGCAUGCCAGAUUUACGCCGCAAGAGGACCAUGCCUAUUGUCCGAGACCUGGCUUUGACCUUGGCUGCUCGAAAGGCAGGCAUUGCGUUUGGCCUCGUGAACAGAUCAACUCUAAACAAUGAGGAGCUGAAACUGCAUGUGCUGAGAAAGACCCUGCAGGCCUUGAUCUAUCCCAUCUCCUCCACGACACCCCAUAAUUUUGAGGUGUGGACGGCAACUGCGCCCACCUACUGUCACGAGUGUGAAGGGCUGCUGUGGGGCAUCGCCCGGCAGGGCAUGCGCUGCACGGAAUGUGGGGUGAAAUGCCACGAGAAAUGCCAAGACCUUCUGAAUGCAGACUGUCUUCAACGUGCGGUGGAGAAGAGCUCAAAACACGGAGCAGAGGACAAAACCCAAAACAUCAUUAUGGCAAUGAAGGAACGGAUGAAGAUCAGAGAAAAGAACCGACCUGAGGUGUUCGAGUUGAUCCAGGAGAUGUUUCAGCUCUCAAAGGAAGAUUUGACCACCCAUCUGAAAACAGCCAAACAGGCAGUGUUGGAGGGGACAUCCAAAUGGUCUGCCAAGAUUACCAUCACAGUGUUGUGCGCUCAAGGUUUACAAGCCAAGGACAAGACAGGCUCCAGUGACCCUUAUGUCACAGUACAAGUUGGAAAGACUAAACGCAGGACCAAAACUGUUUUUGGCAAUCUCAACCCCAUCUGGGAUGAAAAGUUCUUCUUCGAGUGCCAUAAUGCCACAGAUCGUAUAAAGGUCCGCGUAUGGGAUGAAGAUGAUGACAUAAAAUCUAGAGUGAAGCAGCACUUUAAGAAGGAAUCUGAUGACUUCCUGGGUCAAACCAUCAUCGAGGUGCGGAUGCUAAGUGGAGAGAUGGACGUUUGGUACAAUCUUGAGAAAAGAACAGAUAAGUCGAUGGUGUCGGGGGCCAUCCGACUAAAGAUCAGCGUUGAGAUGAAAGGAGAGGAGAAGGUGGCUCCACCACACGGGCAGUACACAUGUUUACACGAGAAUCUCUUCCAUUAUCUGACGGAGGUGAAAAACAAUGGAGUGGUUAAGAUUCCAGAGGUCAAAGGUGACGAUGCGUGGAAGGUUUAUUUUGAUGACGUGUCUCAGGAGAUCGUAGAUGAGUUUGCGAUGCGUUUUGGUGUGGAGUCCAUCUACCAGGCCAUGACUCAUUUCUCAUGUCUCUCAUCGAAGUACAUGUGUCCCGGUGUUCCCGCAGUGAUGAGUAACCUGCUUGCCAACAUAAAUGCUUAUUUCGCUCACACUACCACGGCAACCACCAACAUCUCCGCCUCCGAUCGAUUCGCUGCAUCCAACUUUGGGAGAGAGAAGUUUGUUAAACUCUUGGAUCAGCUGCACAACUCUUUGAGGAUCGAUCUCUCCAAGUAUCGAGAUAACUUCCCAGCAGGAAAUCCAGAGAGACUCCAAGACCUGAAAUCAACCGUCGACCUGCUAACGAGCAUCACCUUUUUCAGGAUGAAGGUGCAGGAGCUGCAGAAUCCUCCCAGAGCCAGUAUGGUUGUAAAAGACUGCGUGAAAGCAUGUCUGGACUCCACUUACAAGUACAUCUUUGACAACUGCCAUGAGCUUUACAACCAACUUCUGGACCAGGCUAAGAAGCAGGAUUUACCACGAGAGGAACAGGGCCCGUCCAUCAAGAACCUGGAUUUCUGGCCCAAACUGAUCACGCUGAUGGUGUCUGUUAUAGAUGAGGACAGAACAGCUUACACACCCAUUAUUAACCAGUUCCCUCAAGAAUUGAACAUGGGUAAAAUUAGUGCUGAAAUCAUGUGGAACCUCUUCGCUAUGGAUAUGAAGUACGCAAUGGAGGAACACAACAAGCAUUGUCUAUGCAAGAGCACAGAAUAUAUGAAUUUGCACUUCAAAGUCAAAUGGUUCCACAACGAGUAUGUUCGAGACCUGCCAGCCUUUAAAGGAAUUCCUCCGGAAUAUUCCCUGUGGUUUGAGCCGUUUGUUAUUCAGUGGUUGGAUGAAAAUGAAGAUGUAGCCAUGGAUUUCCUUAAUGGAGCUCUGGAGAGAGAUAAAAAAGAUGGGUUCCAGCAAACAUCAGAACAUGCUCUCUUCUCCUGCUCGGUGGUGGAUGUUUUCACACAGUUGAAUCAAAGCUUUGAGAUCAUAAAGAAGCUAGAAUGUCCAAAUCCACAAGCCCUCGCUCACUUCAUGCACAGAUUCGCAAAGACCAUAAAUAAAGUCCUUCUCCAGUAUGCGGCGAUCAUCUCGAAAGACUUCACCAACCAUCUGAGCAAGGAGAAAGUGGCCUGUAUCCUCCUGAACAACAUUCAACAGCUCAGAGUCCAACUGGAGAAGAUGUUUGAGUCUAUGGGCGGAAAACAGCUGGACGCUGAAGCCAGUGAUCUACUGAAAGAACUGCAGAAUAAACUGAACACAGUGCUGGACGAGCUCAGCGGGGUCUUCGGCUCCAGUUUUAAGCCGGUCAUUGAGGACUGCAUCAAACAAAUGAACCAGGAGCUUGUGCAGAUAAAAGGAAAUGCUGGAAACAAGAGCAACGCAGCCAUGGACGCAGAAAUUGCCCUGCGACCACUCAUGGACCUCCUGGACAAGAACUUGAUUCUGUUUGCUAAGAUCUGCGAGAAGACGGUUCUCAAACGUGUUCUGAAGGAGCUGUGGAAAAUCGUCCUCAACACCAUUGAGCGACAGAUCGUUCUGCCUCCGCUGUCAGAUCAGACACAAGGAGCUCAGAUGAUCUUCAGUGCUGCCAAGGACUUGGGUCAACUCUCCAAGCUUAAGGAGCAUGUGAUUAGGGAGGAAGCUCGGAGUCUGAGCCCUCGGCAGUGUGCUGCCAUGGAUUUAGUGCUGCCAACCAUCAAGCAAUAUUUCCAUGCGGGGGGAAACGGUUUGAAGAAGAAUUUCCUGGAAAAGAGUCCUGAUCUGAAGUCCCUGAAAUACGCCCUCAGCCUUUACACUCAACCCACAGAUGCCUUGAUCAAGAAAUAUAUAUGCACCCAGACCUCUCAAGGUCUGUCAACGUCUGGAUCCAUUGGUGAGGUCACUGUCCAGGUGGACCUGAUCUCACACCCUGGUACUGGAGAACACAAAGUCAGUGUGAAAGUUGUAGGUGUGAACAACAUAAACUGGCAGACGAAUGUCAUGUUCCGGCCAUUUGUGGAGAUCAACGCCAUCGGACCACACCUAGCUGACAAGAAACGCAAGUUUAGCACCAAAACCAGGAAUAACAACUGGUCUCCAAAAUACAACGAAUCAUUCCAGUACGUGCUGAGUAACGAGCAUGGCCCAGAGGCCUACGAGCUUCACAUCUCCGUGAAGGACUACUGCUUCGCCCGAGAGGACCGUAUCAUCGGAAUGACGGUUCUGCAGCUCAGAGAACUGGCUGAAAAAGGCAGUUUGAAUGCAAGCUAUCCACUCGUCAAGAACAUAACCAUGGACGAAACCGGUCUGACCAUCAUGAGAAUACUCUCACAAAGGACCAACGACGAAGUGGCCAAAGAGUUUGUACGUCUUAAAUCGGACACACGGUCAGCCGAGGAGGUGUCGUAAAAAUAAUCGCAGGGGGAAAAGAGCGGGGAAAAAAGCGGCAAGAAACAGAGUGAAAUCCCAACAGCGCAAGAUGGUUGUGUUUGUUUUUGUGCAUGUGUGUGUAAAACAUCUGUUGGAAUGUUCAUUUUAAACUACAAGUACGUACAAAAGUGUUUACCUACCGUAUGCUCUAUCAAAUAUUAUAUGCUACGAAGUUAUGUUCAAGAGACGUUGAAUACAGUUUUGUAUGACGAUUAGUCUUUUUGAACAGAUAGUUAAUUUGUUCAGAUAAAGUGCCAAAACAGAUGACAGAAAACAGAGGGAAAAAAAAACAAUAGACACAUAAACCCAUAUGAAUUCUCGACGAAGUCUUUCUAAAUUUGCUCGAUCUUUUGUCCAGUGUUUAUCAUCCUCUCUUUAAGUGUGUAGCGGUUUUGUUUGUCUUUUCAUUCUCACCCUACUUUUUCCGUUUUUGUUGCCUCGCCCUUUCCAUCUUUCACAAAGGCACUUGGUGGUGCAUGUGUUGUUUCCUUGGUGACGUCUCUCCCAUGUGUUCACAGUGACUGUGGGCGUCAGGUCGAACCCUUUCCCCUCUAAUGUUUUGUAUUUUGAGCCGACUUUAAAAAGAGACCAUUUUUUUAAAUGGCGAUGACUGCUACGAAUCUCUUCAUAAGUGUUUGUAAUUUUAUAGCUGUUGACAACGAUGAAACCCACCUUCCGUCUUGCCGGUAUAGGCAGAAUGGGUGGAAUUUUUUUUUUUUUUUUUUUUUCAUAUUUCUUGUUCAUUUACAUACUUUUUUUUUUUUUUUUUUUUUUUUUAAACAUAGGCUUCCAGCCUUUCUGAAUAAUCACUGUGAACAUGGGCUCUGGAAGGCAAGCGUACAUCAGUUUUGCUGACUGUUUGAUAUCAUCUUUUAAUUUUUUCAAACAACUUUGAUUCAAAAAAUAAAUAAAUAAAAAAAUGGCAGUUAUAUAUAAAAAAAACUUUCAUACAAAAGCAAUCCAUGAUCUGUAUGAAAAUCAGUAUAUACUAUGUACACGUGUUACAUAUGUACAUGAAUUAUGUUUUUAGUUUUGCUAAAUCAUAUCUGAUUGUUUAUGGGCCGGUUCUGAAUUUAAUUUGGGAUGAUCUUUGUGAAGUUGUUUUAUCUGAUAUGAAAUUUGUAAAUGUUGCUUUACAAAAAAAGGUAAAUCAAUCGCCGUCAUUUCAUUUAUUUUUGUUUACAGAGGAAAAAGUUUAACAUUUGGUAUUUAUGCAACAUUCCUAUGUAUUGCACUGAUGGCAAAUUGUAUGUCAUGUAAAUAUAUUUAGUGAGAUAUUGUAAUGAAAGUCUCGUUGUAUUGCAUUUUAAUCAAGGAAAGCAACCUUUUCACACAUUACACUUUUAUAGUAUGUAUUAGUGUUGGAUGUAAUGCAAUUACAAAAUAAUUAGUUACUAUAAUCUAAUUACAUUUUUAGUCAAAAAAGUUAUGUAACAUUACAUUUAAAAUUGUUUUAAUCAUAUUACAGUUGCUAAAUUUCAAUUAAGUUCUAAAGACAUUACUUAGGUAACACAUAUUGCUAAAAACAUUUACACGGAAUGAAUUUAAAGGAAUAUUCUGGGUUCACUACAAGUGAAAGGUGCACUUAGUAACCUUUGUCUUUGUGUCUUUGUCUUGGACUUACACUGACACCUAGUGGUGUGGAUGCAGCAUCGUUUAAAAUCAGUAGUUUUCAGUUUCAGAUGCCAUUGUAGAAAUUUAGUAUUCACAGUCAGCCAUGAUUACUUUAAUCAAUGAGUGAAAGUGUCAUAUUACAGGAUGGUUACUGAGAUUAAGCGAGUAGCAUUCGGCUGGUCAUGUGAUACUAACAUGGCAGCCCCCAUGUGCGGACCCUCUCCAUGUAGAAUAAAACAGCUUUUAUAAGCUUACUGAUAUAACUUGAGUCUCCAUUUUAAUGUGAGUGGUCAUGAUUUCCUACAUAUAUUGCACAAUUACAAUUCAUGUCUUUAGGAAUUAAACUUUUUAAUGAGGAAAAAAUUACUGAGUGCACCUUUAAGCUCAAUCAACAGCAUUUGUAGCAUA